AUGCAUACAAUAUUUCGAAUAUCACUUUUAAUUGCAAUAGUUCCAUUUUCUCGUGGUUGGGGAUACGACGGUCAUGUAGCCGUUUGCAGAAUUGCUCAGGCUCGAUUAAAUAAAGCGGCUGCAGAAGCUGUAAGAAAACUAUUGCCAGCUUCAGCAAAGGGCGAUUUAGGAAUAUUAUGCCCGUGGCCCGAUCAAAUAAGGAUGCGUUAUCCAUGGUCGUCAGCCCUGCAUUAUGUCAACACCCCUGAUAAUCUUUGCUCCUAUAAAUACAAAAGGGAUUGUAAGGAUACAAAUGGAGCCACGGGCAGGUGCGUGACGGGAGCAAUCAAGAAUUACACGAGUAUACUUAUGAACUAUAAAAAGCCUCGAUCUAAUCUCACAGAAGCACUGCUUUUCUUGUCCCAUUUUAUGGGAGACGUUCAUCAGCCAAUGCAUGUUGGAUUUGUGAAAGACAAAGGAGGUAACACGAUCAAGGUGAAUUGGUUCGGCCAAAAACAAGUCCUGCAUCGCGUGUGGGAUUCCAGUAUAAUCGCAAAAGCCGAAGGAGGAUCCAACCCUUCAAAUUUAGAUAAAUUCAUCAAAAAUAUUCAACAUAAAAUUCAGAUAUCACUAUUCUUUAAUUUAUUGCAGCAAAGGUUGAGCAAUGCAGCGGCAAAUGCAGUGUCACAACUUUUGCCGGAAUAUGCCAAUAACGACCUCGGAAGCGUUUGUUCGUGGGCUGAUCGCGUUAAAUUCCGUUAUCAUUGGUCUUCGCCUCUUCAUUAUAUCGAUACGCCUGAUAAUCUUUGCACCUAUCAAUACAAAAGGGAUUGCAAAGAUGAAGAUGGAAUACAAGAUAGAUGUGUAGCAGGAGCUAUCAACAAUUACACAACUCAGCUUCUCACCUAUAGCGGCAACUCCGAUUCUUCUUCUCAAUAUAAUCUAACAGAAGCCCUUCUAUUCCUAUCACAUUUUAUGGGAGAUAUUCAUCAGCCUCUACACGUCGGAUUUACUUCGGACAGAGGAGCAAACACUAUCGAUGUGCAUUGGUAUAGGAGGAAAGAAGUUCUUCAUCAUGUGAGUUUUAUUAUUAUUAAUUUAUUAUUAUUUUUUUUAAUUUAAAGAACUUCACUCAUCGAAAAUUGUACAGGUAUGGGAUAACACCAUUAUCGAGACGGAGGAGAAAAGGUUUUACGAUUCUAACGUCGAUGAAAUGAUCGAUGCACUACAGCAAAACUUAACGGUACAUUAUUUUCUCCAAAUUUUUUAUUAAAAAAAAAAACUCGAAAAAUCGGUUUCCAUUUUACGCCUCUUCUCAUAAUUCAUACAUUUUUAACAGACUGUAUGGUCUGAACAAGCCAAGGGAUGGGAGGCCUGUAGUAAGACAGUGUGCCCAGAUCAGUAA